UGGCGCCAGCAUGUUUCCCAGUGAUUACGAUUACCCGGAAGUGUCGUUCUCUUGCCCUUAGUAGUAAUGGCAUCUAAGGGAGCUCGCCAGCGGUGGAAGGGAACCGGAGGAGAGAGGGAGGAUAAUAGCAUUAAACAGAGAGAAGAAACCCGGCUGACCGACCACAGGGCCGAUUCUACAUACAGCAGAGCAGGCCAAGUGUGGGCACCCGAAGGGGCUACUGCAUUUAAAUGCCUGAUAUCUGCCAGGUUUUGUGCAGCACUGCUUAGCAACAUCUCAGACUGUGAUGAAACCUUCAACUACUGGGAACCUACUCACUACCUUGUUUAUGGCAAAGGAUUCCAGACAUGGGAGUAUUCUCCAGCUUACGCUAUGCGCUCUUAUGCUUACCUCUGGCUCCAUGCAUUGCCUGCAUGGUUCCAUGCCAACAUCCUUCAGACAAACAAGGUUCUGGUGUUUUACUUCAUACGAUGCUUUUUAGCAUUUGUCAGUUGUGUGUGUGAGCUUUAUUUCUACAAGGCUGUAUGCAAAAAGUUUGGCCUUCAUGUUGGGCGCCUUAUGUUGGCUUUCCUUGUCCUCAGCACGGGAAUGUUUUGUUCAGCUGCUGCCUACCUCCCCAGCAGUUUCUGUAUGUACACCACCGUGAUUGCCAUGACAGGCUGGUAUAUGGAGAAGGUCUCUGUGGCGGUGCUUGGAGUUGCCGCUGGAGCUAUAUGGGGCUGGCCGUUUAGUGGUGUCCUCGGGAUUCCAAUUGCCUUUGAUUUACUUUUCCUGAAACAAAAAUGGAAGAGUUUUAUCAGCUGGUCUCUUGUGGCGCUGAUCUUAUUCCUGGUUCCUUUGGUGGCUGUUGACAGUUAUUACUAUGGCAAACUUGUAAUAACCCCUCUUAAUAUUGUCCUUUACAAUGUAUUUUCACCACAUGGACCUGAUUUGUAUGGCACCGAACCUUGGACUUUCUAUUUCAUUAAUGGUUUCCUCAACUUCAACAUUGUCUUUGUAAUGGCCCUAUUUGCUUUGCCCCUGACGUGGCUGAUGGAGCGCCUGUUGCAGAAGAUAAACACAGCCCAGAACCUCGGACGACCAUAUUGGCUUACUUUGGCUCCCAUGUAUAUCUGGAUUCUGAUUUUCUUCACACGGCCCCAUAAGGAAGAAAGAUUUCUCUUUCCAAUCUACCCACUGAUCUGUCUAUCUGGGGCGGUGGCACUCUCUGCACUCCAGAAAUGUUACCACUUUUUAUUCCAGAGAUAUCGUUUAGAGCACUACACGGUUUCAUCUAACUGGCUUGCACUUGGCACUGUUCUGCUGUUCGGCGUCCUAUCUUUUUCCCGUUCCAUAGCCUUGUUUAGAGGUUACCAUGCACCAUUAGAUCUCUAUCCUGAGUUCUACCGACUUGCCAAAGACCCAUCUGUUCACACUGUGCCAGAGAGCAAGACCGUAAACGUGUGUGUGGGGAAAGAAUGGUAUAGAUUUCCCAGUAAUUUCCUUCUACCAGACAAUUGGCAACUCCAGUUCAUUAAAUCAGAGUUCAGAGGUCAACUCCCAAAACCUUAUUCCAAGGGGCGUCGAGCAACAAGACUUGUUCCAAAGAACAUGAAUGACCAGAAUCUGGAAGAGACAUCUAGAUAUGUAGAUAUUGGCAAGUGUCACUAUUUGGUUGAUUUGGAUACGGUCACAAAAACAAUCCGGGAGCCUAAAUACUCUACAAAGGAAGAAUGGAUGGUGAUAGCCUACAAACCGUUCAUGGAUGCCUCAAGGUCCUCAAAGCUCUUCCGAGCAUUUUAUGUCCCUUUCGUAUCCAGCUGGUACACCACUUAUUCCAACUACACCAUUUUGAAAGCUCAUCGACCAAAGCAGGUGAAGAGAAGGAACAUUGGAUAAAGGAAGACCCGAACUUGACACAAGAACCAUUUCUCUCCUUAAGUUAUAUCCUCUAUUCCCUGCUGUCCCAGAGACUAUAUGGAUUAAGGACCAUUUAUGGCAGUUAUAUGGCUUUGCCUUCCAACUGAAUUUAAGUCUUGUACUUUGUUUUCAUAUCUGUUAUUACAAUGGGAGGUUCUCAGCAAAUAGGUGAUUCUCAUUGUGAAUUAAUUGUGUUCAUUCAUGUUCCUUACCAGUGGUUGAUACAGUGUUCUGUAGCUGGCGCGUAAUGGGGUGAGGGCAUUUCCUUAUAGACUACCUUUUGUCCAUUUCCACUCUUUUAAUGGCUUGUCGGGGCCCAACAGAUUCCUUUGAUGGAAUUUUGCCAUUACAUGCAAUUACUGUGUUUGCAGACUACAGGCACCCUUUUCUGAAGAUAGGGGGGGUAUUUAUCAAUGCUUGGAGAGAGUUGAAGUACUAACCAAUCAAUUUCUGUUACUUUUACAGGCUGUGUUUGAAAAAUGACAGCUAGUAGCUAAUUGGUUAAUGCUUUAUCUCUCCCCACUUUCUCUUUCCACUUUAUCUCUUUCCAUGCUUUGAUAGAUAUACCACAUGGUAUCUUUGACCAACUCAUGCACACAAAAAAGUAGCUAUAUGUUUGCACUAAUUGAUUAAUUGGAUUGCAUAAUACAAUAGGAAGUGACGGUAUAGGGAAGUUGGGGUCCAAGGAUUUUAUAGUGGCUGGCUGUGCACAUGGACAUGUAACUCUACUCUCUUAUCUUCAGUCUCAGGUGAUUCAGUUUGAUGUAUGUGGCCGGCCCUGUUUACACGCAAUAUCCACAUAUCAGCUUUGAGGUGGCAUUUAUGAAGUACAUUCUGUAAAAUGAUAGGUAGAUGCUGAUUAGGUGCUAUGGGCAACUUCUCCACUCUUUUCACUGCUUGAUACAUCAGCCCCUAUGUGUUUCUCAGGUGGUAUGUUCUUCCAGGCAUCUAUUUAUUUUUGUGUAUUUGAAACAUUUUAUGCUUUAAGCCAGGUACACCCUAGCACGAUGUCAGUAUGAUUUGCUGUGUUGGCAUGACAAAUAGGGUACAUCAGGCAGUCUGUACCCGUGAUUGCUCUCUCCCCUAGCGACACCUUCCAGUCGGCCCUACUGUUGAAGACCUCGCCAGCGACCUAGUUCUAUGCAAGUGAAGAAGAGAACGAUAUGUUGUUCCUUCCUUUUCAUGUGUACGCCCAGUACCUGCUGGUCCGGGCAAAAGGGAUUCGCCCAGACAAUCAGGGCGAAAGUGUACACCCAACUUCAGAUACCCCUAAAUUACCCCCUGAAUGGAAUUCUAUAACAAUAACAAAACAAAUCCUGACUACCUGACCGUUUUUGUUUACAGUCAGGGGAAAUUAGAUUCAUCCAUUCAAUUACUACGCGGGAAACACCUUUACUCAUGGAAAGUAGAGCAGCAUUAGAGUAUUACCCCUUUCAGACCGCCACCUAUGAACAGGUUAUUGGCACGUGAGCAUGCAUAACCCAUGUUCAGGAGCGGUCUGAAAGGUGCAAGGGUUGACAUACCUGGUCGAACGACCUGGUAUUUCAACCCUGGUCGCGAGCAGGGUUGAACUUAUGUUCAUCCCGGCUCACUAGGCGGUGUGAACAGGAACUGGGUCGAUGCGACCUGUUUCCCGUUCACUGUGUGUGUAUGGGUGGCGCUUGGAGAUCAUGUGAUCUCCAAGCGCCGCGUCACUGCUGACGUCACCAACCCAGCAAUAUGCCGGGUUGCAGACAGCGGCAGCGGGGCGUCUGAGGCGGGUCACACACUGGGAGCUCCCAUGUCAGGCUCCCGUGUGUGACCCACCUCAGGUGGUCUGAAAGGGGUAUUAGUAAUGGCCAAGGCACCAUUAGUGUAUGUAAUGCAACUUUGAAAGACCUGUUUGUGAAAUUGCUGAAUCAGUACUUCUAAAUCUUUGUCCAUCUGACUACAAAGUCAUACUUUCACAAAACCUCUGAUAUAUUAUCAUUUGUUACAUGAUUGCAUGCAGCAGUAACAGUAGAAAAUGAAUUGCCUUUUGGAGAAAAUCAGUAAUGAGUUUCCUGUUAUUUGAAUCAAAAGGGCAAGACAGCGAGUGUGGAAAUGGUUUAUUUUGUUACUGUCUAAAACUAUGGGCAAUAUUACAUUUUAUUUCCUUCAACCAUUGUUUCAAUUCACCAUAAGAGUACAAGUAUUUAAUAGCCGUAUUAUAAUUAUGUCUAAAAUGUUGUUAGCAGUUCUGUACAAUGGAUAUAAAAGGGUCCAGCUCAACGGGUUGACUAUUGACCACCCAUUGGAACGUGUUGCAGCUCAGUGGCAAAUUUACAAUUGAAACACAAUAUGUGCAACCAAUUAUGGCAGUGGUUCUCAAACUGUCUGCUGUGGCACCCUGGGGUGCCUCCGGACAUUUGCAGGGGUGCCUUGGAUUGGUGGUCCAGGACCAAUUCAAAUUAUUUAUGGUCAGUGUAACAGUCAAAACCAGUGCUGGCGGCUGCCAAUCAUAAAAUAUGUGGACAAACAGAAGCCAGUCUUGGGGGUCAUUCCGAGUUGAUCGCUUGCUGCCGAUUUUCGCACCGCAAUGCGCAGUUGUGUCGUACGGGUACAAAGAGGAUCGGUGCUGGGCUAUGGAUUUAGCGAGGAAUCCAUUUGCACAGCCGAACGCAAGCUGAUUGACAGAAAGAGGGCGUUUAUGGGUGUCAACUGACCGUUUUCUGGGAGUGUUUGGGUAAACGCAGGCGUGUCCAGGCGUUUGCUGGUAGGGUGUCUGACGUCAAUGCCGGCAUCAAAAAGACUGAAGUGAUCGCAAGGGCUGAGUAAGUCCAGAGCUACUCUGAAACUGCACAAAAUGUUUUUGCUGGGCUCAGCUGCAAAGGCGUUCGCACACUAGCAAAGCGAAAAUACACUCCCCCAUGGGCGGCGACUAUGCGUUUGCGCGGCUGCUAAAAGUAGCUAGCGAGCGAUCAACUCGAAAUGUCCCCCCUUGUCCCUAACCACACAAUUAAACCUAAGGAUGACCUAUAAACACAAUAUACUUAAUUUAAUAAUUAUUUUUACAUUUCUCAAUAAGAAACGUUUGGCCUAGGGGUGCCGUGAAAAAAAUUCUGAUAGAGUCUAGGGUGCCGUGAUUCAAAAAAGUUUGAGAACCACUGAAUUAUGGUAUUGCCUGUGGAUCGGUGCAGUGUGGCUCUCCAUGCAGCAUAAUUACUGAUGUGAUAGCUGAUAGGUAUACAGCAUCUAUACUCAUUAUUAGUAUCAAGCCUAAAUGAGUGAAUGCUUGGGGAGAACAAUAAUUCUCGGUGUAUAGGAGAUUUUGUUUAUUCUUCCUGUUAUUUAUACAAUUAGCAUUUUCUGUUUACCAUCUAAUCUUUAAAAUGCAUUCAUUGCUCCAACACAACCCCAGUGCCACAUAGGACGCGCCAAUCGGCUGCUUUUCUAUGGGCUCUUCUUCCUCUGUUAGGAAAUUAGCAACACUUAAGUCCAUCACUCUGAAAUGGCAGUGGAGACAGUGGGUGUGAGUGGGUAGACCAAUCAGAAGCUAUGAUCUCAUGAUUGCAUCUUCUGACUGGUCCUUUUGUUGACACCUCCACAACCACCCAAAUGCAUUACCUCCGUGAUAUAUCCGCCUAGUCAUUUCCUUAUAAGGAUGCUUCUACAAGAUAUUGUAGUCCUGGCAAAAUACACUAAUGCAGCGAAUAAAAUGCGUUACGCGGCUAAAAGUAUUAAUGUGACAGCUGGCUUACUUAACAGGGCAGUGUUCAUGUUUAUCUGGAAGGAUCAAUUGUUUUAUGAUCUACGUGUGUUACUGUACUUAUGAUGAGAACAUUAUAUCAUGAAUUAAAGGACCAGAUACACCCCUAA